GCAUAAACACGGAAGCGGAAGUAGCGUGAUAAGAAUGAUGCCGCACUGAACUGUCAGUUACAUUUGUUUACAUCAGACUUUAUUUUCACUAAUUGGUGAAAGCCACGUACGUGCUCACAGUGAGGCAUUUCAGUCCACCUUUUUAAAGGGCAAACGAGAGGUUUUCCGUCGUAAAGGGAGAAAUGAGGAGCUCUGGCGUUUUCUUCCUGCACUUCUUGCUGUUGAUCGUGCCUCGCAUCAGCUGCUGGAAUGAUGAGGCUGUGUUGCUGCGUGAUGUUCAGGUGCUCACGCUCCACCGAGGACGCUACACCACAGCCCGGCGAUCCAGUCCUGUUCCACAGCUGCAGUGCGUUGGAGGCUCGGCUGGCUGUGGAUCGUUCGUUCCUGAGGUGGUCCAGUGUUACAACAGAGGAUCAGACGGCAUAGACACUCAGUGGGAAUGCAAGGCUGACAUGGACAACGCGUACAGGUUCGGGCGUGUGGAGGUCUCCUGUGAGGGCUAUAACAGUCCCAAUGACGUGUAUGUGCUGAAAGGCUCCUGCGGUCUGGAGUACACGCUGGAGCUCACGGCGGAAGGGAGGCAGCAGCACACGCAGGGCUCCUGGGGCUCUUCGGGCUUCUCAGACUUCUUUCAAGGCUUUUCCAAUAAUAAGCAGCAGCAGCAGCAGCAGCAGCAGAGCGGAGGCCACUAUCAGCAGUCUAACGGCCAGUAUCCCUUCCAGAACGGCCCUUCUGGUGAUGGACUGGGUGGGCUUAUAGUAGUAGGUUUCCUUUUGCUGGUGGCAUAUGCUGUGUACAAGAUGUUUCUGUGCAAUCCUACUCACGGCCACCAAGGCUACAGUGGAGAUGGAUCCCAGGGAUACAGUGGGACAUGGGAUAACAGCCAGGGUAUGGAGCCACCGCCACCUGGGUUCAAACCAGAUUAUUACUCAGACCACUCCAGCUCAAGGCCCGGGUAUGGCUUUUCUGAUUCAUACACCAGACCUCAGAGUUCUUGGACCGGAGGUUUUCCUGGUGGAAACACUGGAGGUUUCACUGGUGGACGUGGUGGGGGUGGAUUUUGGACUGGAAUGGGCACAGGUGGAAUUCUGGGAUAUUUGUUUGGGAAUCAGAGACGCCAACCACCUAUGGGCUUUGCAGGACCGUCUUACACCAACCGACCUUCUCCAGCACCAAAAACAAGCUCAGGAACACGGACCGCCUCAGGUUUUGGAGGAACUAAAAGAAGAUGAUUGAACAACCCCAGUUCUCAGAUUGGACAUGAUCAAAAAACAUAUUACAAGGACUUGCAACUUCUUAUUCAUACUACUGUUCAUUUAAUGUCCAGUCUUUGCUCAACUAAAUGUAGCAUAUUACUGCUUUGAUUGGUUUGUUGCUGUGCUCUGAAAACAACCUGCCUUCUUUCAUUUUGGGCUUCACUAUGGGUUUAACAAAGAUUUAAAUACAAUGCAUCCUACUCUUUAUUAAGUCUUUAAUGCAGUUUCUUCUCAAAAAACUGUUCUUUCAUGUUUUAAAUUAUGAAGGAGUUUAUUUUCUGUAUAAAUAUAUUUCUAUAAAUAAAGUCAACAUUAAAAAAAUGUAGCCUAUUUUGUUUCAUAAUGCAAGUUUGUUGGCCUUAUUCUGCAAUAACUCAACAAUAGUCCAAAGAAACAAAUUCGAAUUAAUGAUUUCUUGAAAAAAAUGUCAUCAGAUUCAGUUCUGGCUUACUUCUGGUAGAUAUAAUCCCUCAAUAAAUAAUUGCAUAGUUUCUCAUUGAAACUCGGUUUAAUGCAUUCUUUUAAUGCAUGCAACUUUCAUUCUUAAAUAAAAAAAUUUAAAAAUAA